AGAAAAGGAUUGCCUAAAAAUAUGGGAAUCAUUAAAAGAUGCAUUCAUUUACAAGAAUCCCUGUAAUAUCACAUCAGAAGACUAUAAGCCUCUAAUGGAGUUAGCGAGUCACCCUAUACCCUGUAACAAGUCACUGUUUUGGAGCAAGACACAUGAUCUUGUUCAUCGCUAUACAAAAUCCAAUCAAAAUUUCCUUACCCUGGAGGACACCCUGUUGGGUUAUAUGGCUGAUAGGAUUUCAUGGUGUGGAGACCCCUCUGCCCCAGGAAUCAACUAUGAAUCUUGUCCAAAACGAAGUGAAUGUGAGAGCAACCCCAGCUCUGUGUUCUGGAAAGUGGCAUCAAAGAUGUUUGCAGAGGCAGCAUGUGGUGUGGUUCAAGUGAUGCUCAAUGGAUCAAUAGAAGCUGGAGCUUUCAGGAGCAGCAGCAUCUUUGGAAGUAUUGAGGUCUUUAACCUGAACCCACAUAAAGUCUCUGAAGUACACAUUUGGCUUAUGCAUGACAUUGGUGGACCUCAAAGUGAAUCCUGUUCGGGUGAUUCCAUUAAGAGGUUAAAAAGCAUCUUAGAAGAGCGAAACUUUAAGUUUACUUGUGAAGACAAUUACAGACCAGUUCAGCUCCUUCAGUGUGUGCGUAACCCUGACCACACAGACUGCAGACUUUGCACCAACAGCUCAGCAAUUCCAUGA